AUGCCUGGCUAUCGUCGCAUCCUCUUUGCGGUGGACAGGAGCCACCACUGCCGUCGUGCAUUCCAGUGGUUCCUUCAGUGCAUGUGGCGGAGCGGUGCCAAGACCAACGGAUCCAGAAUGGCGGAGGAUGAAGCAGAGGGAGAAGAUGCCAUUACUUUGAUCCACGUCAUCUCCCCCGACCUCAGCACCCCAGUGGAAGAGGAAGUGCCGGUAUCGAUGAUGGAGGUGAACGGGGGAGGAGGAAGCGAAGGGGUGCCACGAGUGAUGGAGAAGGCGUUCACCGAGGGCAAGGCAGUUUGUCAGGUCUUCCUGCAACUUGCAAGUGAAGCAGGCGCAACGCGCUGCAACGCUUGCAUCACAGUGGAGAGUCAUUCUGCCAUCGGAAAUGCCAUUCUUCGAUCCGCGCGGAUUCGUGGCGCCGAUAUGAUCGUGAUGGGAUCGCAUGGACACAAAGCCAUCCACCGGGCUGUUCAUCUCGGUUCUGUGAGCAAGUACAUCACCCGGCACAGUCACAUCCCCGUCGUUGUCAUUCCGCCUCAAGCCUGCCCGUCUUAG